AUGGACCUGCGACCUCCGCGUGGGGCGGACUCUCGCGAUCUGGACCCUAUCUUGGUCCGCAGGGUCGCCCAGGUUUGGGCAAGCGUGCUGGCUAUUGAGCUAACAGAGAUCAAGCCUACAUUAAGCUUUUUUCUCCUGGGUGGCAACUCGCUUUCCGCGAUGCGAGCGUGCAAGGAGCUGCGGCACGAGGGUAUACUCCUUUCGAUGUCCGACUUGUUCCUGCAUCCCACCUUGACUGAGCUAGUAGACUUCAUCAUGAAGCACAACAAAACGAUGUCAUUGACGGAGCCUAGCCACACAAAACGGAGCACGGAAUUUGAAAGCACGGCCAAAGAUGUUCCCCAAGAACUUCUGCUGAGGGCAGCCAGGGACUGUGCCGUCGAUCCAAAGACGAUUGAGGAUAUCUACCCUUGUACAGCGCUGCAGACAGGACUUAUGGCUCUGAGUGAGAUUCACGCAGGGGCGUAUGUGGCGGAACAUGCCUUCCAUUUGCCAGUCUCCUGGACCGUGGCAGCCUUCCAAGAGGCCUGGCUCCGAGUACUCGCGGUGACGCCUAUUCUGCGCACCCGCAUCAUUCGAGAUCCCAACGGCAGGUCGCACAAUGUCACCCUGCAGGCGUCAGCGGACCCAGGAAUAGCUGUUCUGCAAGGGGUAUUGCCGGUCUUUAUUCCUCCCAUGAGCUGCGGGUCGCCCCUGUUCUGUCACUCUCUGGACACAGACCCAGAGCAUGAGAGGUUAAUCUGGCGUUGGCGCGUACAUCAUGCCAUCUACGACCGCUGGUCCACCCAUUUGAUUCUGGAUUUGAUGCAAAAAAUGUACAGGGAGGAGACUCCGAGCCCUUUGACUCCGUUCUCCCGAUUCGCCCGUGCCGCGGUUGAACAGGAGAGCUCCGAAGCCGCGAUCAGCUUCUGGCGAAACAGGUUCGAAUCAUUCAGUGGGACGGUCUUUCCUCAGCUGCCCCUAGAUCAUGGGAAGUCUCGUGCCUCGGAUCAUCUCCCCUUCGAAAUCUCCAUCCCGCCGCGACGAUCCGCGACCACGCAGGCUACCACAAUCCAAGGGGCGUUGGCACUGCUGAUCUCCAAAGUUCAUGGCGAGUCGAAUGUGAUAUUCGGUACCACUAAUCACGGAAGGGCCCUAGCGGGUUGCCCAGACGCAGAGACAGUGGUGGGACCUGCCAUUGCCACGGUCCCAAUGCGCAUCCAAGUGGAGGGAGCCACCUCAGUGGCGCAGUUUCUCGACGACUUGCAAACUCAAGCAGCACUCGUGUCAGACUAUGAGCAUUAUGGACUGCAGAACAUUAAGGCGCUAGGGCCUGGGCCGGCGGCGGCUGCCUCCUUCACCACUCUCCUGAUUAUCCAGCCGGAGAUGGAUGGAGGUGAACCGGAUCCGCUCCACAUGAUCCACGAGAUCGAGCUCGGAACCGCAGAUGGCUACGUGGACUACCCUCUGGUUGUCGAGUGCUUUCCAAAAGCCCAGAUUCUCCGGGUCAAGCUGUUGUAUGACCCGGUGGUCUUCUCCUCGUGGGAGAUGCAGAUGAUGGCUCGGCAAUUCAAGCACGCUUUUGACGCCCUACACACCACACAGGAUCCGACGACAUUACUCCGCGACCUGAGUCUCCUGGAUAAGGAGAGCGUGCCCACUGUCCUCCGCAUGAGCCGCGGCGAAUUGAUUGACCACCGCGAGUGCCUCCAUGAACGAAUCUUUGCCAAAGCGCACGCUUGGCCGGAUUCCGAAGCCCUUCACGGGUGGGACACGAAGUACACCUACGAGGAGCUUCGGAGGCUGGUCCGGCGCCUGACCUUGCGGCUCGCGCCCUUGCUACCCUGUAAGCCAGGGCAGAUUGUCCCCAUCUGCUACCCUAAGUCUGCCGCGGCCGUCGUGGCUAUGCUGAGCAUCCUGACAGCAGGCCACGCCUUCCUCCUGCUGGACCCCGCACUACCACCGCAGCGCAUCCGGUAUAUGAUCCAGGCGGCCAAGGCGGACCGCGUGCUCUGCACGUCUGCAACCCACCAUCUGGUGGCUGACAUGGGUCCCCAGGUGGUGAAUCUCCAGAGCAUCUGGGACACUCCGUCCGUGGCGCCGGACGAUGGUUUCUUCGAGCUGCAGACGUCGCCAGACCGCCCGGCCUACUGCAUCUUCACCUCCGGGUCAACGGGGGCCCCCAAGGGAGUGGUGUUGCUCCACCGACAGGUCACCAGCGGGCUCGAAAGUCAGAUAACAGUCGGGCUUUACAAGCGCCAAACCCGCCUGCUGCAGUUCGCAAGCUACAGCUUUGAUACGUGCAUUGCCGACAUCUUCGCGACCCUCCUGAGUGGGGGUUGCGUCUGCGUCCCACAAGAUGAGGACCGUCUGUUACGGCUGGCUGACAAUAUCAACGCAUUUGCCGCCACGGCCGUCGACAUGACGCCAUCCGUUGCCAGGAUGCUCCAACCGCACGAGGUGCCCAAUUUGCAAGUGCUGCGCCUUGGUGGUGAGCCGAUGCAUCAAUACCACGUCCAGACCUGGGCAAAUCGCUGCAAUCUCCAGAACACCUACGGUCCCACCGAAUGUUGCGUGCAGUGCACGUUCGUUGACCGGGUGCCCGAGUCCUUGUCGCCAGCUGUCAUCGGCAAGAGCAUUGGGUGUCACCUCUGGGUUGUUGACCCGCAAAAUCACAAGUUCCUCAUGCCGCUGGGUAUGGUGGGCGAACUGGCAAUUCAGGGUCCCGCGGUGGCUGAUGGCUAUAUCAACAACCCGGCUAAGACGGAGGAGCUGUUUCUCCCCCAUGCCCCGUGGCUCGACACCUAUGGUAUUGAUUGUCUUUACCCAGUCUACUUGACAGGCGAUUUGGUUCGAUUUAACGAGCAGGGCGACUUAGUCUUUCUCGGCCGCAGGGAUAGCCAGAUCAAGAUCCGGGGCCAGCGCGUCGAGCCGGAAGAAAUCGAGCACGUCCUACAGCAGGAUGAGAGGAUGGACCAAGCUCUGGUUUGCUAUCCCACCACAGGCGUGCUCGCGAUGCAACUAGUCGCUGUCCUUGAGCCCUCGCCUGCCGCCGCCAGACUGCGCGCGCAAGAUCAGCCGGGGGCGUGGAUGGAGCCCAUCGCCCGUAAGGCUGCCGAGUUCUUGCCACUGCACAUGGUGCCCGCAGUGUUUCUAGUAGCCGGCCAGAGUUUAUUGAUGUCAUCCGGCAAAUUGAAUCGUCGCAGUGUACAGACAUGGCUGGAACGGCUGGCGCUGGAGGAGCUCGAAGCCUUGCAUUUGUAUCAUCCCGCCUCAGCGAGGCCCCACUAUGCGAAGUCCACCGAAACAGUCGCCGACCUGCCAGACGCCCUGACAGCACCCAUUCUCAACCAGAUCCAGUCUCUUCUCGCAUGGAGAUCGCAUAUCGGCCGUCAAGCCGCCACAGAUCUUUCCCUUGUCCAUUCCUUCUCUCGUAUUGGGCUGGAUUCAAUCACCAUUAUUCCGUUCCUUCGGUGGAUCAACCAGACCCACUCCGUCCAAUUGGACGUGCCCAGUCUCCUGCAACUUGAUAGCGUGCAGGGACUCGUCUCCUAUCUCAGAAGUCGGCAGGCAAGCCUCCCGGCCAAGCAGAAGAACCGCAGCGAUGAGAGGACGGACGACCCCGAGACCUUCGAACCCAUGAUCCGUCAAGGGAUGACUCUGGUGCGACGUCUUUCUCGCCGCAUCAGCUCGCGAUUCGAGCCCCGCCGCGUGUUAUUGACCGGGGGCACCAGCCUUGUCGGAUUAAACAUUCUCACCCGCCUGCUCGAGCGCUUUCCACGGACGCGGGUUGUGGUCCUAGUGCGCUGCGAAAGGGCCGACGAGGGCAAGGCCCGGCUUCUUGAGCGCGCCAGCCUCCUGCGGUCCUGGCGUCGCGACUUCACUUCCCGCAUCGAGGUUUGGCCCGGCGAUCUGAGCGCGACGCGGCUGGGGCUACUGCCGGCGCAAUGGGACUCGCAGCUAGGCGGACGAGGGGGUAACGCAUCCAACUACGUAGACGCAGUUAUCCACAACGGGGCUGUGGUCGACUGGUUCGCGAGCUUUGCGACACUUCAGGCAACGAACAUUGACGCGACGCUGCAACUUACCGAAUGCGUGCGAGACGCCACCGCUAUCACUCGACUUGUGUACGUGUCCGGUGGGCCACAGUGGAUGCCAGACGAACCCGACACUGCGGCGUUGGAGCCGGUGACGGGGGAAAGCUCUGUGCAGCACCUCCACUCCAGCCUCGCCCAGUCCAAUCCCUACGGCUGUACGAAGCUGAUCACCGGGGCAAUACUGCAACGCGCCGCCGCCCGCAGCAUGGAUUUAGCCAGCAAGGUGGCCGUGCUCCGCCCAGCACUUAUCAUCGGUGCUGCUGCCGAUGGGGUGGUCAACAUGGACGACUUCCUCUGGCGUGUGGUCCGCGGCUGCUGUGCCCUAGGGGCAUUUCCACGCGAGGACCCGGCGGAAGACUGGAUCUACCUCUGCGGCGCGGACUACUUUGCCGACCUGAUCAUCUCCCAGUUGACGGCCGCGCUGCGCCCCGGGGAGAUUAAGGUCCAUGCCGGCCUGACAGCCAGUCGCUUUUGGGCCAUCGUGCAGCAGGAACUUGGGGUCUCUAUGGAGGCCUUGGACGUCCCGACCUGGUUACACCGGCUGAGACGGAGCAUUGCCGCGCAGACCACUCAUCACCAUUCCGCUACUCAAGUCCAUCCCUGUCAGCCGAUUCUGCAUAUGCUUGAGGGCUCCUGGUCUGGCCCGCUGGGCGCGGCCCGGCCUCGAAUCUGUGCGGAUACAGACCGGCGUCGCCGGAUGGAGGCGGAAGCGGCCCGCGUGGUGACGAUGAAUGUGCGGUACAUGCACAAGAUCGGCUCCUUCUCUACUGCUGAAGAGGCCUGGUCGGAUCAGGUUUUCCACCGAAAUAAAACACGGUAGAGAAGCACGAUGCGCUAUAAACUGCUCCUGCAUACAAUCUUGGCUGGUCCUAAGAACAG